AAUACCUAUAAUUUAGGCGGUUGUACGUCUAAUGCACAACGAAAAGCAAAUAUUUGAUGUUUGGUCUGAAAGCUCUCCAUGGGCAACAGCUACAAAUCAAGGGAUUCUACAAAUGUAUAAAGGUGAUCGUGCAUGGUUGGCCAUACGUGAUGGAGCUUAUUUUCUACAUGGUUAUAUGUAUUCAACAUUCUCUGGGUAUUUAUUGUUUGAUAUAAAUAAUAAUGAAACAAUUGACAUCCCAUAAUUUGUCUAAUUUUAAUAUUGACAUUAUUAAUACUAAUAAUAACCAGGAGAUUGAAUAUUCGCAUUUUCCAAAGUCCCACUGAACAAAUGUUAAGCUACUAUUUACAAUACUGUAUUCUAAAAGAGAAUUUAGGAAAAUAACUUAUAAACUACCGCUUCAGUCACUUGCUGAUAAACUUCGUGUUAUUUUACAAAACAUAUCUACACACCAAAAUAUUUCUUAUUCUACCUCAGUGUUGAUCUCC